AUAUUUUCCAGUCCAAUGACCUUCGAAAAACAUCCCUCCCAUGAACUCUUUGAUGCCCUCGUCUAUUUUCUUGCAUCCUGGACCUAUCUUGCUUCAAUGGAACUUCUCUCUACACGGAAUAGAUUUGUUCCUAACUACAAAUGUGACUUCCAUAACAAAUUGGUAGGAGUCAUUGGGGGACCCAACUCUGAAAUCUGUCUGCACAUGGCAACCAUCUUGAAUAUCUAUAAGAUUCCACAGCUCACCUAUGGUUCUGCUCCAGUGAUCAAUAAUAAAGUCCAAGCCAGCUUCUUUCAUCAGAUGUUCCCAAAUUUGAUGCAUCAGUACAAGGGGAUUGUCAAGUUACUGAUCUAUUUCAACUGGGUGUGGAUUGGGGUUGUUUCUCUGGACGAUGAUGGAGAAAUGUUUGUACAGAAUGUGCUCCCCAUAUUUUCCAAAGAAGGUAUCUGCCUUGACUUCUUUGAAAGAAUCUCCAAAAUGACUUUUUCCGGUGAGAUCUUUGAAGUGUCAGGAGACUGGAUUCAGGCAGCUAACAUUAUCAUGAGAAGUACUGCCAAUGUGGUGGCAGUACAUGGAGAAAUCCAGACCAUUAUAGUUUUGAGAAUGUUGUUCUACCUUUCAAAACAGGAGGCUAUUCCAGUCCAGACAAAAGUCUGGAUGAUGACUGCCCAGAUGGAUUUUGCAUCACUUGGCUUUCAACGAGACUUUGAUAUUGAUUUCCUCCAUGGAGCUAUUUCAUUUGCAAUUCACUCAAAGGAGGUGUUAGGAUUCCAGGAGUUCCUUCAAAUGAAAAAUCCCACCUCAGAAGAAGAAGACAGCUUCAUCAAGAUCUUCUGGGAAGAGGUAUUUGAUUGUUCGGUUCCCAGUUCUGGUAAAGAUGGCAAAGCUGGGGAAAUUUGCACAGGGGAAGAGAAGCUGGAGACACUUCCUGUGUCCGUUUUUGAAAUGAGCAUGACUGGCCACAGCUACAGCAUCUACAAUGCUGUCUAUGCUGUGGCUUAUGCUUUGCAAUCCAUGCAUUCAUGUAAUUCCCAGCACAGAGCAAAGUUGAAGAGAGUGAGAGAGCAGCAGCCAUGGCAGCUCCACCAGUUCCUGAGAAGUGUCUCAUUUAAUAACGGUGCUGGAGAGAAAAUCUCCUUUGAUCAAAAUGGGGAAUUAGUUGCUGGAUUUGAUAUUAUCAACUGGGUCAUAUUCCCAAAUCAGUCCUUUCUUCGGGUGAAAGUGGGAAGGACAGACCCAAAGGCUUAUGAAGAUAAAGGAUUCUCUAUUCAUGAGGAAACCAUCACGUGGCCCAGCCGGUUUAACCAGGCACGUCCACUUUCUCUGUGUAAUGAUCACUGCCAUCCUGGUUAUAGAAAGACCAAGAAGGAGGGGAAGCCAUUUUGCUGCUAUGAUUGCUUUCCAUGUGCAGAAGGGAAGGUGUCUAACCAGAAGGAUAUGAAUGACUGUUUUGAAUGUCCAGAAGAUCAGUACCCAAACAAAGUCCAGGACUUUUGCAUUCCAAAAUCUAUCAGUUUCUUGUCUUAUCAAGAACCUUUGGGGAUCAGUUUGACCAUGUUUGCCCUUUUCUUUUCUUUCAUCACAGCUUUGGUGCUUCAAAUCUUUGUUAAGCACCAGGACACUCCCAUAGUCAAGGCCAACAACCGGGACCUCACUUACACUCUCCUCAUCUGCCUCCUGCUCUCCUUCCUUUGUGCUUUGCUGUUCAUUGACCGGCCUCAAAAGCUGACAUGUUUUCUUCGGCAAACUGCUUUUGGCAUCAUCUUCACAGUGGCAGUCUCUUGCGUGUUGGCCAAAACAGCCAUUGUUGUUCUUGCUUUCAUGGCCACCAAGCCAAGGUCCAGGAUAAGAAACUGGGUGGGGAAAAGAUUGUCCAGCUCCAUUGUUUUUUCUUGCUCUUUUGUCCAAGGCAUUAUUUGUAUGGUGUGGCUGACAACCAAUCCCCCAUUCCCACAUCUUGACAAGCACUCAAUGGCUGAAGAAAUUGUACUGGAGUGUAAUGAGGGGUCAACUUUCAUGUUUUAUUGUGUUCUCAGCUUCUUGGGUUUCCUGGCUGUUGUGAGCUUCAUUGUGGCUUUCCUCGCCAGAAAGUUACCAGACAGUUUUAACGAAGCCAAAUUCAUCACAUUCAGCAUGCUGGUUUUCUGCAGUGUUUGGUUGUCCUUUGUCCCCACCUACCUCAGCACCAAGGGGAAGUAUAUGGUGGCUGUGGAGGUCUUUUCCAUCUUAGCAUCUAGUGCGGGCUUACUGGCCUGCAUUUUUUCUCCCAAAUGCUAUGUCAUUGUUCUGAGGCCUGAUCUGAACCAAAGGAAGCAUCUAAUAAACACAACACAUUAGCAACA